UGCUCGUUUGACAUGCAAGUGUUGACUUUUGGGAUGAUGCACUGACUGUGCGUUAGUGCUUAUACGUUAGUGCAUUAUCCGGACUGUCACUAGAUUACGCAGAGGAGUAUAUUAUAAGCUGAGCUAAUUUCAUUUGAUAUUAAUUUUCUAACCGCAAAGUUUGCUUUUGAGAAGAGUAAUAUUCACAAGAGAAAAGCUUCAGUGUGCUUCUUGAAAGAGUGUAAUUCUUAUCGCUAUCAGUGGAUAAUUGAUUGAGAAGAAGAGUAUCGUAUAUGCUUUUUUUCUGCUCCGCUGACGUAUUUAUUGCAGAUAGCAGCAUAUCUAGGGAAAAAAAAACUCUUGUUUAAUAUUUUCUAAAUAUUUGAAAUUACUCUUCAGUUUGUAGCGCUUUAGUUGUACAAUUGGUUCAUUAUUCUUGCUGAAAAUAUGUCGAGCUACGUUCCCGUGAAACUGGCAUAUAAAACUGUUGAACCUGCAAGUGAUGCUGCAGAUAAAUCACCCAUUAUUUUCUUACAUGGUUGUACGGCUUCUAGCGACUACUGGAGUGAUAUCCCGCAGACACUUGCCAACAAAACGAAAAGAAAGGUGUACCUGUUAGAUGCGAGAAAUCACGGUGACAGUGAAUGGUCAGACAUUUUCAACUUCGAUGUCAAUUUCAACGACUUGGUACACUUCAUGGACACAAUGAACAUUACCAAAGCUGUUUUGCUGGGACAUAGCAUGGGCGGAAUAACAGCCAUGAGGACUGCUCUUACAAAGAAAGAGCGAGUUGAGAUGAUCAUUGUAGAAGAUAUGACAGCAAGAAAAAUACCAAAACCUAUACUGGACUCAGUAAUUACGUAUGUAUCACUGGGACAACAAGCUACUGAUCAAAUGCCAACAGAUGUAGAUGAGGAAGGUGCUAGGAAAUUCAUCCUUGGAUACCUUUAUAAUCACUUACCUGAGGAAGCUAAAGAUUUGAUGAAAGGACGUGGCAGCGAUGCCCAUCAACUUAUUUCAUUAAAGCGUAAUCCAGACGGUCGCUAUGGUUUUAAAGCCAACUUUAAAGUUAUAUUGGAUGCAAUAAAAAAUGUAAAGACUUUAAUGACUGAACCAACUGGUGUUUAUGAUGGUCCAGCUUACUUCAUCUAUGGAAAGCUUUCUCCUUUCUUAGU